AUGCCUACUUUUAGGAGUGAGCAUAGUGAACUAACAUCAUCAUUGUUGGGCUUCCCUGCCAGCUCCUUCUAUUCAGAGAGGCUGAAAGAUCAUUACCACAUCCUACGGAGAAUCAACCAGGGCAAUUUUGCUGAUAUAGUGCUGGCCAGACAUUUGUCCACUGGAAUGACAGUGGCCAUCAAAGUGCUGCCAAAAGGAGAGAAUCCUGACAACAUCAUGUUGGAGGUCAACCUCAUGAAAUCGUUGCAACAUCCAAAUAUCAUCCAGUUAUUACAGGUUAUUGAAACAAAGGAGAAAGUGUACAUGGUGAUGGAAUAUGCAGGUGGAGGAGACCUGAUGUCUUACAUCCGUGAUGCCAAUGGUAUAGAAGAGGAGGAAGCCAGAAGAAUAUUUUGGCAGAUCAUCUGUGCCAUCCAAUACCUCCAUGAACAAGGCAUCAUUCAUGGGGACCUAAAAUCGGAUAACAUCUUGUUAGAUGAGGAUGGCACAGUUAAAAUCUGUGACUUCGGGAUGGGGACCAAGAUCUGCAACACACUGCCAGACACUGCCCCUGAACCACUACUAUGCCAAAGAGAGCUGUUUGCUGAGGACAUUUGGAGACUCGGCAUUAUCCUCUAUGAGAUUGUGGUGGGGUUCACACCGUUCAAGGAGAUCCAUCCCUUGCAUGUGAAACAGAUGAUCCUGCAGGGCAGGCACUACUGUCCCCAUUCUUUCUCCACAGAUCUGCAAAAUCUAAUUGGUAUGCUCCUCACCAUUGACUCUGUGCAGUGGCCAACACUAGAGGACAUCUUGCAGCACCCAUGGCUCUGCCAGGGUGAACUAUCUUCCUGUCCGCCUCCUAAUCUGCUUCCAGAAUGCCCUAAACCUGAGAUCCUAAAGUUGAUGUAUGCUUUAGGACACAACCCUGAAAAAAUAAAAAAAUCCCUCCUGCUAAAAAAAUUUGAUUACCGGAUGGCCACCUAUCUUCUUUUGGAGCACCAAGCAAGCCAGGGAUCAGGUAUUCGCACCAUCAGCAUGAAACCCACCAAGGAGGGUGAUACACUACUUCAAGACCACAUGGAUCCCACCACCUCAGUUUCCCUCCAGAGCAGUGCUUGCCCUGUCCCCAACAAUGACUUCUUUCUCCCUGAAAAUCAGAGUGAUACAGAACCUACAGAUCCUACCUCCUCAGCUCUCCUCCAGAACAGUGGUGGAUCUGCCCCCAACAAUGACUCCCUUCUCCCAGGGAAUCAGUGUGACAGGAAACACAAGCUCUAUAAGACCACCAAACCCAGCACAACCAGCCAGUCUUGCAUUGAACCAACACCCCCCAGCUCCUCUAAGAGGAUGCCAUGUUGGAAGAGGGUGAAGAGGAGGAUUGCAGCAUUUAAGCAGAAUCUGAGCAAUUGCUGCCUUACAGCACGGAAAAAGAGCCGAGUGGUUCCAAUGUAA